AUGGCGUCCUCGAAGUCCACCUCCCUCGGCGAGCCGAUCCUCGAUGGGCUGCCGAUCUGCGUGCCCCAGAUCCUGAUGCCGCGCGCGGACAUCUCCCUCGACAAGUGGGCGACGGUGGCCUGCGACCAGUUCGAGUCUGAGCCGGCGUACUGGAAGGAGAUGGCCGAGCACGCCGCUGGAGUCCCGUCGGCGAUGAACAUCGUUUUCCCCGAGGUAUACCUCGCGUCCGUCACCGGGGCAGACCCAUCAGAAGACACCAAGCGCAUCGAGCAGAUCGGCAAGACCAUGAAGCAGUACGUCGCCGACGGCGUCUUCCGCGAGCGCGCCCCCGCGUUCCUGGCCCUCGACCGCAAGACGGAGCAGGUCCCGACCCGCAAGGGCUUGAUCUUGGCAGUCGACCUCGACGAGUACAACUACAACUGCCCAGAGCCCACGCUCAUCCGGCCCACGGAGAAGACAAUCGUGGCCAGGCUUCCCCCACGCAUCGCCAUCCGUAAGGACGCCCCGCUCGAGCUGCCGCACAUCAUCAUGAUCAUCGACGAUCCCGGCAAGACCGUGAUCGAACCGCUCUUCACCACAGAGGGGCUCACGGUGCCGGAGUACGAGUGCAAUCUUUUCAAGGGCGCCGGCUCCGUCAAGGGCUUUACCGUCACGCCGAAGGGUACCGAGCACGUGGCAUCGGCGAUGAAGGCAUUGUCUGCGAAGGAGUUCGCCGCUGCCGAGGCCGCCAAGCGAAAGCCGUCCACCAUCCUCAUCGGUGACGGGAACCACUCUCUCGCCACCGCCAAGAGUUGCUGGGAGAACCUCAAAACUCAGCCAGGGAUCGACAAGGAGACGCACCCAGCGCGCUACGCGCUCGUGGAGCUCCAGAACCUGCACGACGACGGCGUGGUCUUUGAGCCCAUCCACCGCAUCCUGGAGGGCGCCAAGGCAGAUGACAUCCAGUCGACGCUCGAGGCGGCCUGGGGCUGCAAGGCCACUCCCUUCGUGAGCCCCCAGCCGAUUCACUCCGUCGUCAUCGUGAGGCCAGAGGGAAGGUUCACACUGGUGCCGCCUCUGGAGAAGUUGCCCAUCGUGUCCAUGACGGAGCCCAUGGACGAGUUCGUGGCUUCGCACCCGGAGGUGAAGAUCGGCUACGUUCACGGCGAGGAGCCGGUCGACGAGGCCGUGAAGGAGGGCAAAGCUGUCGGUUUGUUGCUGCCCAAGCUCGACAAGUCUCGGUUCCUCGAGACUGUGCACGCCAUCGGUACGUUGCCGCGCAAGGCCUUCAGCAUGGGCGAGGCCAACGAGAAGCGCUUCUACAUCGAGGCGCGCAACAUCUUGCCGUGA